CGAGCGUUUGCAGCAGCGCGACCCAAUUCCGAUGAUCAUUUAUGCACAUUUCGUGGUGUUGAUCCGUGUUCUGGAUCAGUUUUGGUACAUGCAGGGAUGGACACACCAUGUUAUGAGUGGGAUAUGGGAGUUGCUGCCCAGAGAGCAUAGAGCAUGGCUGGACUGGCCCAUCAAAAGAGUCGGUUGGGUGAAGCCUUGAAACUUUUCAGUUGUGGAAUUGGCAAAGCAAUACAUGACCAUUUCCGACGUGACGUCCUCCUAGGGUCACUACAAGACCACAAACUGCUUAGCAGAGCUACUUGCCUACCUUCACAAGUUCGCUGGCAUGCCCGUCAACUACGAUAUUUCGAGGGAGUUGGAAAACAAGAAGGUCGUGCUCUUCAGCGUUCCGGGAGCGUUCACGCCUGCCUGCGAGGGCGCUCACAUACCCCCGAUCCUCGAGAGAAUAGACGAAGUGAAGAGCAAGGCUGACCUUGUGGCUGUCAUUGGGUACAACGAUGGUUGGGAGAUGUGCGCAUGGGGCAAGAUCAAUCGCAGCUUGGAUGACAAGGUUUUGUUCUUGAGCGACUUCAAGGCUCCCUUCUCGAAGAACCACGGCUGGGAAGCUGGCGUAGGCGACCAGCAACGGACGAUACGCACUGGUUAUCGAUCAUGGCAAGGUCACAUACGCCGAUGUUGACAAAGAGUUCACACAAGUUACGGUCUCUGGUAUCGAUGCUGUCCUG